UUCUCUCAGUCACGCCUCCCUCUCCCAAACUCCCUCAGUUCUCUCACAUGUCACGCCUCCCUCUCCCUUAGCCUCACUUUGUCACUCUGCGCCGCUCCCGCUCCCGCUCAGCCUCAUUCUGCGCCGCUCCCACUCAGCCUCAUUCUGCGCCGCUCCCGCUCACUCUUCGUCCACCGGGGCUCCGAUCACAAGCCAUCGACUUCAGGAGAAGGACCUGUUUUCGCUAGAGUAGCCAUAUCUUUGUCCAUUGUCCUGUACUUUUUGAAGACUGACAUGGCUGGACUUUUAUCUGGGGAAUCAUCACAUCAUGUAACUUCUGAUGGUGGGUCUUCAAGAAAUUCCCAAGACAGGCAAGAGGAAGUGGGUCGCUGGUAUAUGUCCAGAAAGGAAAUUGAAGAAAAUUCUCCAUCAAGAAGAGAUGCGAUUGACCUGAAGAAAGAAACAUAUUUACGCAAGUCAUACUGCACAUUCUUACAGGAUUUGGGCAUGAGGUUAAAAGUGCCCCAGGUAACCAUAGCCACGGCAAUAAUAUUUUGUCAUCGGUUUUUCCUUCGGCAAUCACAUGCAAAGAAUGACAGAAGGACCAUCGCAACUGUGUGCAUGUUCUUGGCCGGGAAGGUUGAAGAAACUCCUCGUCCAUUGAAGGAUGUUAUUCUGGUCUCUUACGAGAUAAUCCACAAAAAAGAUCCCGCUGCAGCCCAGAGGAUUAAACAGAAGGAAGUAUAUGAACAACAAAAGGAGCUAAUUUUACUCGGGGAGAGGGUUGUACUUGCCACUUUGGGUUUCGACCUCAAUGUUCACCACCCAUAUAAGCCCCUUGUUGAAGCGAUAAAGAAAUUCAAGGUUGCUCAGAAUGCCCUUGCUCAAGUUGCAUGGAAUUUUGUAAAUGACGGGCUGAGAACAUCGCUCUGCCUGCAAUUUAAGCCUCAUCAUAUUGCGGCAGGUGCCAUUUUCCUUGCUGCCAAGUUCCUCAAAGUGAAGCUUCCAUCGGAUGGUGAGAAGGUCUGGUGGCAAGAAUUUGAUGUCACCCCACGUCAAUUGGAGGAAGUUAGCAAUCAAAUGCUGGAACUCUAUGAGCAAAACAGAGUGCCCCCAUCCCAGGGCAGUGAGGUGGAAGGAAGUGUUGGCAGUGGGCCAAGUCAUCGGGCCCCAUCAAAACCUCCCGCUGUGAGUGAGGAACAGGCUUCAAAGCAGAUAUCAUCUCGUCUCGUGCCAGAUCAUUCAUCUGCUGACAAUCAUAGCAUGCCACCUAGAACGCAAAACCAAAGUAAUGAAAAUGGGAGUGCAGAGAUGGGUAGUGUUAUUACUGAUCACAAAGUGGAUGUAGAAAUUAAAGAUAGUCAGCAUCCUGAGCAUUUGCUCCAAAAGGAGAUCAUGAGAGAAGUUCCAAGUCGAUUCAAGUCUGGGACAGAGCGAGUUGGUGGGGAAGACCAAGAAAGGAAUGCCGAGAGAAAUGAGAGUGCAGAACCAGGAGAGUGGAGGGAUGAUGGUGCCUCACGCAAGUCCAGCAGCAUGGUUGGUCGAAAUUUGGAGCUUCGGGAUGGCCCUAUUGGGCAGUCACCCAAAGAAGCUAUAAAGAUGAUUGACAAGGACAAGGUUAAGGCAGCACUUGAGAAAAGAAGGAAGUCUCGUGGGGAAAUCACACGGAAGAAAGAUGUGAUGGACGAGGAUGAUCUGAUUGAGAGGGAACUAGAAGAUGGUGUUGAAUUGGCAGUAGAGGACGAGAAAAACAAGCGUGAUAGAAGGCAAAGCUGGUCAAAAUAUGAGAAUUUAGAUAAUGAGGAAAUUGGAGAUGGAAACCACUUGAGCAUAAAGGGGCAAUCGUCAAGGGGAUUGGAAGUGGUGGAGAAUGCAGAAGAGGGAGAGAUGUUAGAUGAGGCUUCACCUAUUUUGAACAGCCGUAAGAGAAAAGGCGGAAGUCCACUGGAGAGGCAGUUAGAGGGGAAGAAGAGGCACGAUUACAACCACGACUCAAUAGAAGAUGGACACAGGAUGAGUCGGGUUAGUUAUGGAGAUAGGGAGCACAGAAGGCAUUCUCAGGAGAAUCAUUUGUGAGUGAUAAGACUUGCAUACAUGGGCAGUAGUACAAUCUGUAGACAGUCGGUUCGGUUUAUUGAAAAGAUAUUUAUAUUUGUUUGAUUUGGAUUAUCAUGUAAGCCUUAAGUCACAUGGCCAUGGUAAAAGUAAAAUGAUGUUGAGGGAUGAGGAGGAUGCUUCAAUUUUCAUCACGGCAGGGCUGCUGAGAGAGGUAGGUAAGUAAAGAGUAUAUUAUGUUAGUCAGCAUCCGGAACUGAGCCCAGAUUCUCUCCGCUCCUCCCUGGAUAUAUAUAAAUAUAUAUAUUUUAUGCUUUGCGAAUGUGCUAGCAAGGAUGAAGAAUGAACGAACGAAUGAAUGUAAGUGCUUUUGCCACAUUUUUGGAGAACAUAUUAUUGUUUGUUAAUUAUAUCAAAACACCUUCAAUUUUUAAGUG